CGAUACUUUAAUUACCUAUAGUAAGUAAAUUUAACCACAUAUACAUAGCUAUAGCCACACAUAGGCGAAGCCAAAUAAGAAGAACAAAUGCUUACCUGUACCGAUGUUGUUGCUAAUGGCAACCGUUAGAAAACCGACAGUUCAGCGAACAGUACAAUUUAGCAGGCGGUCAUUGUAGAGAAGAGCAUCAGCACAGAAAGUUCUUGAUGCGUCGUUGCGUGAUCGAAUCCUUUUUCUUUUUGUUUAAAUUGUACCUCUUCAAGCUACAAUUGUUUUCAGUACGAUAAGAGUGUUGCUAAAGUGUUGCAAAGAUGGCAAACGAACGAAAUAAUUCAAAUCACAAACUAGUGUUGAUGAACGAUGAAAUUUUCUCGCGUGUAUAUACUGCCGGUACGGAUGUGAAGAAGUUUACGCAACAAUCGGGAAAACACAAUCAGGUCUUAAACAUUAUGGAAAUGAGCAAAUUUGUUCUAAGUAUUGUUGAGAGCCGUAAUCUGGCGCUGGAAGUAAAUGCCAAAAUUGUAUGCGGAAUGGGUCGAAUUCUGCUGCAGAAUUUGCAGAACAUUUUUGAUGAAAUGCUCUCUAUACAAAAGCGAUCUAAGAUAAACAGGCGUAUUGAGUAUGGAGUAAAGAAUAUUGUGAAAAAGGUGAAGGUUCAAGUAGAACGUAAUAAUGGUACCGCAGUUCCACUAGAUAUUGACCUUGCAGUAGUCAACUUUGAUGUGGACUUCCAGGAGCAAAUUACCGAAAAGGAGGUAAUCUAUUCGCUUUCGUGCAAUAACGGCACUACGGUUAAAAAUGUGGAAGACAUCACUAUGCGUGAUGCGCCACAUCCGGAAGAUUACAGCAGCCAGGUGCAACUGACGGAGGAUAACGAUUUUGGCGAAACAAUGCCCACCGAAAUGCUGGAUUUUCUCUAUUCCAACGAUGAACCGGAAGUGCACCCUGCUAUUGAGAAAAAUCCCGAGCCGGCUACCUUAGAUGAUAUGGACAUCGAUCUAUCGGUAGAAGCAGAUGUCGAUAUGGGAAAUAAUAGCAACCAUAUAGAGCAUGAUUUACAACCUUUGGAAGAUGCAUUACAACCAGUGCCAAUGGACACCGCCACUGGUGAGAAUGAAGUCCCGACAUUGCAACCAGUUGGUAGCCAAAAAUGCGUUGAAGCCUCCAUUCACGAGGGGAAUGAUGAAGGUACUUCAAAUAGCCCACCUACGGAAGAUGUUAUUCAAACGGAGGAGACACAAAUGGCACAAAUGGUGCCCAGUACAGCGGUACGCAAACGGCGAUUAAUUAUCGAUGCUUGCAUAAAAAUAAGCGCGAAAUGUUACGAAAAAUUAAUAUGCAAUUGGUCUAUGGUUUAUUGCAAAAAUCCGGAGCCUAGCCUAGACGAAAUCAUUGCAGAAUAUAAACUGCAGAGUCUAUUCACGAAACCAUUGCGUGAUUGCUGUAAUCGCAUGCAAUUCGACCGCGAUCCGCCAUUAUCUCGCAAGCGAAACAGAUGUUACGAUAUUGAAGUUGACUUUAGUAAGAAAAAGCGACAAACGAAACGAGUCGAAACUGCUAGCGAGGAGCCACCGAUUCAGGCUGCCGACGAACAGUACGCUGAAGAUCUGCAACUAAAUCAACCUUCUGAUGAUCCACAUUUUACAUCAGUUGUACCAGUGAAGGAGUCAGAAAUGACAAAAUUCCUAACAUGUUUCACUGGAAACCCAUCGCAGUGGGAUUUCCUGAAAAAUUCCGAACCCUCUACAAGCGAAGGGGACAAGCAGAAAAAGAAUGACACGGGUGCAGUUACACGCUACGCAAUAAAGACCCUGCUGGGUUCUAUGUUUCAAGAUACGACGGAUAACUGCGUACCGUUCAAGUUGCUACAGUCAAAAAUGAGCAAUCGUUUGAUUGCUGUAUCCCUGUUUGCAAAGCUACUAGAGCUUUCGAAGGAAAAGAUCAUACGGGUAUCUACAGCCGAAAACGGAUCUCCUCUUAGUGUACAUAAAUACAUAAACUGGGACAAAUAGCACUGUAGAAAGGUUCCAAAUGUUGAUUAAUGGAUUAAUUCAUGGACCAAUCUGGAAUAUGUAAAGAAACUUAAUUACAUAAUUAAAGAUGUAAAAGAAAA